AUGUUUUCAUCAUAUGUAAUUAAUCGAAAAUUGAAAACAGAGUCUAACAAAUUUACAUAGCCUAUAACAAAGACAAAGGAUUUACAAAAAUCCUAUGAACAUAAGAAUUAUUCCUUUGAAUAUCCCACUGACUAUGAUUAAUUACCAAAAAAACUUAGAUGUCAAUCAACUUAUUCAAAACUAUGUGGUUUCAGAUCUCAUAAAUAUCAAUUAUUUCAUGAUAUAGUAUCUGAAUUUGCAGAACAUAAAAAAUAAAGAUUAGCUAAUGUGAUAAUACACAAUUUAAGUAAUCACUAUUCUAUUAAGAAUGUUUAGAAAAAUCAAAUCUACCAUCCCAAGGUUCAUCUCGUAACUUAUUUUCAAAGAGUGGACCCAAUUUAAAUCAUAAUUAUAGUUAGUUUAUGAAAAAAGUUAAAGAUUUCAAAAUUGCUGAAUAGAACCUUGUUUAAUAAACUCCCAGGUAUUCAUUUUCAAUUUCAAUUCAGUACAAUCCAAGAUAAUAUACCUCUUACUAGAUAGCCUUCACUUGAAUAAGUAUUUGAUACUAAAUAAACAAUCACUCUAAGUUGCUCAAGAAAAUAAAGUCCAAAAAUACUGUUCAGUAAAUACAUAAAUAUUUUAGAACCUUAAUAAUUUAUAUUAAAAUCUAAGUUCAAAAAAAACAAUGCCCUUGAAAAAAUAUUGACUGAAGCCAGAAAUUAAAUCAAAACUUCCCAAUCUCCUAGAUCUGUCAUUGUAAGUCAACACAAAAAAACCAAAUCUCAACCAAUCAAUGUUUAUACUGAAUAAAACAAACUCUUAUAAAGAGCCAUACUAAAAACUAAGUUGAAUUCUAAUUAAUGA